AUUUAGGAUUGAUUAUCUUAAAACAAAAUUCAUGUACCGGUAACAUAGAUUAUUUUAUUUCUGGUUAAAUUAAUAAUGGCUCCUUUUAGACCUAGCUUCAACAAAAUUUGCGACAGCAUUUGCGGUGUUCAGCUACAAAAAGCUAUCUCAACUUGUCAUGCCACUCGACGAGAGUUUGGUAACAGUUCUAGUAGUGAUAGACAAACCCACAGGAAACGGCCAUGGUUUAUUGAAAUAUUCAGGCCACGCGCCGCUGUUGGGGAAGCCCGGCCUCCCAUCGAACAGUGUCGCAAGCAGCGCCUGCUGGCCCUAGAGCAGUGUCGCCGUGAAGCCGGCUGUGAGAGUUGCGCCGACUUUUGGUGUGACUUGGCCGUCGUGUCAACACCUCCACGAACCGAGCCACUCGUCUACCAUCGGUCUGAAGCACCACCUGUUCCUGGUCCACGGCCACCACCCCCACAAGUUCUACGGUGCAACCACACUACAAGCUGCUCAGAUUCUUGGAGUCCAAAUCUUGCCAAUGUCCAAGCCCUAUCAAAGGACAAAGACAAAUGGACAACUCAACACAAACCCUACGAGGGAUUCACUUAUUGUGGAGUCAACCUGCCUGCAAUAAAUUUCUGAAGUUCUUCUGGAAACAAUAAUUUACCAGUGAAUAUUAGUGUAACACUAGGUAAAUUGACACAAAAUGACAAUGAUAACAUAAAAGAAUAAUUUAU